GGCAAGACUGUUUCCUGGACCAUUCGAGAUACGGGAAAGGGUGCCGGAUUCUUUGCGCUAGUGGAUAUUCCAUCAGCCUACAAAAAUGACAUUGAGGCAGCACACACGACGAUGAUUUCAUCGCUACAACCGUCGCUAUGGAACUCAGAUACAUGGUGG